CCCGCCGGAGCCGGGACCAUGUCGGUGAAUAUCGUCGCCUUGGGCAGCGAAAGGGACGGGUGGGCUGAGGACGGGCAGCCGCCCAGCCUGAUCCGCAGCUAUUUGGGGAGGAACGCCCUGAUUUCGCAGGUCGCCGGGAGCUCGGCUCUCACCCAGUACCAGGGCCGCGUGUUCGGGGAGGUGCGGCUGGUGGUGCGUGACUGUCCCGCGUGGGAUAUAUUUGACAGUGACUGGUACACCUCUCGCAGCCUCGUUGGAGGAGCUGAUAUUAUUGUGAUUAAAUACUCUGUCAAUGACAAGGCUUCUUUUCAAGAACUGAAGGACAGCUAUGUCCCAAUGAUCAAAAAAGCAUUAAACCACUGCUCAGUCCCAGUAAUAGUUUCUGCAAUUGGUGCAAGAAAAAACGGAGUGCCUUGCACCUGCCCCCUGUGCACUGCGGACAGGAGGAGCUGUGUGACCACCCCAGAGGGAGUCCAGCUGGCCAAGGACCUGGGAGGCACUUACCUGGAGCUGCACACUCUGGAUGACCUCUAUGUGCAGAAGUACUUUGGAGGAGUGCUGGAAUAUUUUGUGAUCCAAACGUUGAAUCAGAAGUCAUCUGAAAAAAUGAAGAAAAGGAAAAAGAUGCAGAAGUGCCCUCGGGUUCAACCACCCCAGCUCGAACAGCCAGGAGCCCUGCCGACCCUCCGCGGCCAGGCCUCGCGCUACCAGGCCGACCUGGGCGGCCUGCUGGGCGGCCGCCGCCGCCACCGCUGCUGCUGCGCCGACGUGGCUUUCUACCCCGAGGACCUCAGCACGCGGGUGGAAGCCCACCAGGUCAUCCUCUGCUCCGCCAGCCCCUUCUUCAUGCUGCUCUUCGGCCUGCGCGGCCCGGCCGGGCCCGGCGAGGCCGCCGUGGCCAAGGGGCUCUUCGCCCUGCAGCCCGGGGAGGCCGGCGCCCCGGGGCCCCGCCGCAGGGUGCUGGUCAAGGACCCCCUCUUCUGCUCCUGCCUGCCCCACGUCCUGCGCUUCCUCUACGCAGGUGCCUUCCAGUGGGACCAAUUAGAAGAGGAUAUACAAAAGAAGUUGAAGGAUCCAGAAAAAACUGAACAUGUGCUCGAGAAAGUGAAAUGUAUCCUGAAAACUCCAGGGAAGCUGAGCACUGUGAAGGACUGCAGGUCUCACCAGGUGAAACAGCUCUAUAACACUUCUCUCAGGCUGUUCUUUAACACGCCUGUCCUAGCCGACGUCAUCUUCAAAAUACAAGGUGCCACUGUACCAGCCCACAGAGCAGUUCUGGUAGCUCGCUGUGAGGUAAUGGCAGCUAUGUUUAAUGGUAAUUAUCUAGAAGCAAAUAGUGUUCUGGUUCCAGUCUAUGGGGUUUCCAAAGACACUUUCCUCUCCUUUCUAGAGUAUCUUUAUACCGACUCCUGCUGCCCAGCCAGUAUUCUCCAAGCCAUGUCCCUCCUCAUCUGUGCUGAGAUGUACCAGGUGAUGAGGCUGCAGCACAUCUGUGAGCUUUACAUCAUCACCCAGCUCCAGAGCAUGCCCAGCAGGGAACUGGCAUCCACCAGCCUCAGCAUCGUUAGCUUGCUCAAAAAAGCUAAGUUCCACAAUUCUGAUUGCCUUUCCACUUGGCUCCUUCAUUUUAUUGCCACCAACUACCUCAUCUUCAGUCAAAAACCCGAGUUUCAGGAUCUUUCAGUGGAGGAGCGCAGCUUUGUGGAGAUGCACAGGUGGCCUUCCAGCUUGUACCUGAAGCAGCUGGCUGAGUACCGGAGCUACAUCCACUCCCAGAAGCGUCACUGCACAGUCAUGUGAGAGGGCUGGACCCUGGGAAAGUGCUCUGGGCUGGGAAAGCUCAGACUGGGACUUACACAGAGCAGAAAACCCUGGUCAAGAUCAAAAAGAAAACCCAAAACCAGUGUCCCCUGGCACUCUGUGUGCCAUGCUGUACUGCACUUUUAGCACCAUUUGCUUUGGUAAUAAACCCCUCUGCUUUUUGCUUUUUCUCCCUUGAACCAUUGAGAAACUUGUCAUGAAGGUUGUUUUCAAGCACCAGGCUUUCACACCCGUGAGGAUCAAGUGUAGCAUCAGGCAGUUUCAUUACUGUACCCUUCUAAUUCCUUUACUCAUGGUUAUUUUUGGCUGCUAAAUCAGCAUUUGUUGAAAGCAGAUUUAUUUAUUUAUUGUAAGUCUGUGCACCAUAGGAGCACAGCUGCAGUGCUGGGAAACUGAGAAGCCAACUCUUAAGUUCUUUGAAUAUUCCAGAAAUUUACUGGAGCAUCUGUUGGUUUGAAGGAUAAAGGUUGGGCUUAAGAAGCAUUUCAGGUACUACUCAUUUUCUACUUCAAGUUAAGUCUGUAGUUUAUUUUACUGAGGCUCUUGCAGUCGUGUGAGUAGGUAUUUCAAUUCCAGAGGCAUGCCUGUGCAUCACUAUACCCUCUAGUGCCUCCCCAAAAACCCAAAAGCAGAAAUACUUUUUCCUCCCAGAAAAUAGGAGAAGAAAGUCUGUUUUAAUAAUCUGCAGGUUAUUAGUUUAAAUUAAAUUACCACCGUGUGCUUGUCAGGCAAAGCUGAAUAUAUUUUCUGGCUACUUGGAUUCUUUUCUCAGAGAUAACAGAUAAAUCCUAAAUAUUAUGACUAGGGUGACCCUGACAGAUGCUAUUUUGGGCUUCCUUGACCUAAAUAAUUAAUCUCUUCUACCAUGAACUUCUAUGUGUUUUGUAGUAUUAAUGGCAAAAUGAACCCAGCCUUUACAGGGGGUUCUAAGCAGAGACACUUCUCUGCAAGUGAAGUCUCAUCAAGGAAUCAAACCCUGUGUUAUCAGUCCUGUUCUAAUUUUGCUUUGCCCCUGCCUUUAACUCUGGUGUUCAGCCUAGAAAGACAGAGAAAAGACAGUGAAAAAAUGAUUUAGUCUUUCUCCAGCAUCUCAAAAGUGCCUGGAGACUUUUUUGCUUAUAAGAAAUGUUUUAUAUUAUCAUAUGGUUUUUUAGGUAAAUUGUUCUAUUCAAAUUCCAUUCUAGAGUAAUAGGGACUUUUUCUUUUUUCUCUUUUUUUCUUUUUUUUUUUUUUCCUGAUGAUCUUUUGCAGAGGUUGAGGGGAUAUUUCCUAUUUUUGGACAAAAACAAAAAGAGCUCAUGACUCAGCAGGCUCAGACCUCUGAGGUUGGUCUUGUGUAAGGAUGAUAAAACACUUUUUAACUUUUCAUCUGGGGAUCCUGAAGUUCUUUAAAAGAGUAGAUGUGCUGGGCUACAUCUUGCACAUUAGGAGUCUGGAUUACAGGGCACUGUGUUGUUUUUUUUCCAAGAUCACUGAAUAAAACUGAAAGCAAAGCAAAAAAAUCAGUAGGAAAGAAGUAUGUAUUGAACUUAAAUGAGAAAAAAAAAAGAGAAGGGUUCUUUCCUAUCAUAGUAGAAAUGAAAAAAACUCAUGCAUAAAUUUACUGGAUAGAUAUGAAUAAGAGUUUUUUGGGUUUUUGUGUUUUGUUUUUUUAAAUUAAAGUAUAAAUUGGUGAAAAAUAAUUGGAUAUCUGAGAGCAUCCUGGGCUGUGGCUUGUGCUUCUGCCAGCUCAGUUAUCCAAGUUACCCAAGGUGUGCAUCCCACACUGAUACAAAAGCUGUGUAAUGUUGCCUGCAUUGCAUGAUGCCCUGAAGUUUUAAUAUUUUGAAAGCUUUUUUUUUUUUUGGUUUUUCUUUGCUAGAUAGAGGUUAGUCUGUUCCAAUAAUCUAAGUGUAGGUAGCAAACAGCAAAAUGCUAUUUUUAACUUUCUGCAAGGGUUUUGUAGGCAUUUCAGAACAGGCUUAAUGGAAAGACAAACACUUUGUAUC